GUUUUUAUCCUUCUCUUUCCCAAAGUUGGUAUUUGUCUACUUUGAAACGUUAUCGUCGGAACCUGACCACUUUUUUAUGAGCUUGUGGAACUCUGAAAGAAGCCAUGGACCCGCCGGAGUUACCUGAGUGCCCGGUCUGCCUCCAGCCCUUCGACGGCGAAUCCACAAUUCCACGUGUCCUCGCCUGUGGCCACUCUACAUGCGAGACAUGCCUGAUCGACCUUCCAAAACCACCCUUCCCUCGUACCAUACGCUGUCCAGCUUGUACCCAGCUUGUCAGCUACCCAACACAAGGUCCUUCUGCCCUCCCCAAAAACAUUGACCUACUCCGCGUCUCCUCCUCUCUUCUCCAAUCUAACCCCAAUUGCCUCAACUCCAAACCUAAAACCCCCACCGUAUCAUCAUCGCCGGACUUCAUACCCAAUUUUUGGUCUCAUGAAUUUCACUAUAAUUGGAAGGAAUGGGUCAUUCCACGAGACACAAUUUCGGUCGACGCGAGUGUAACUCUUGAUGAGUCUUUUUUGCUUGGAACAGUUGCAAAUUCGGAUGCUUCUUCUGGGCCGUUUUCCAGGUGUUCGAUGAAAAGACAUCAAAAGGUGAGCCUGUUUAAAGUUGGUUCUUUUACUCAUAGUAACGAGAAUAGAUUCAACUACAGUUACCUUGCGAAAGUUAUCAGUAUUUUAUUUAAAAUGAGGGAUGGCGUAUUAGCUGAACUGAUGUUGAUUCUCUCCUCAAGCUUGAAGGCAUAUCGAAUUUGUACUGCUUAUGGGUUGUGGUAUAACGAGGAGAACGGGCAUUUAUAUCUUAUCUGUGAAAGGAAACAUACGACUUUGUUGAAUGUUAUCGAAUCAGACAUCCAAGAUGAUAUAUCUAGUUUCUCCAUGAUUGGUAUGGAGCUAUGUGAAACCAUAAGCCAAUUGCAUGAAACCGAGUUAGUAACUGGAUGUGCUUCAUUAUCAUGCUUUGGUAUUGAUGAUUUUGGCCACCUGUUUAUCGACCUAAACAAUGUGUUCAUGGUUGGGCAUAGAAUUCAAAACAUGAUCUCAGAGACCUUAUCGUUUGCAGAAAAUAAAGAUAGUAAAAGAUUUGAAAUGUACACGUUUCCCAGCCCAGAGUUAUUAUCAGAGUUUGUAAAGAAAAGAGAUGUUGACUUGGAGUUUGGCAAGUCAACCAUUAGCUAUAGUUCAGAUGUAUGGUCGAUAGCCUGCAUAUUACUUUUGUUUCUAAUCGGGAAGUCUUUUGGUGAGGAGACACAAAACUUCUUGUGCAGUUAUAUAUUCGCAUUAGUCAAUGAAAAUGGUGAUGAUUGUGAAGAGUUAUACAUGGCAUGGUUUGAUAAAGUUUGUGGUUUGUUAGAUACUAAAUUGGGUUCAGACUAUGUCUUAAUGAAGGAUCUGUUGCACAAAUGUGUAUGUUUGGACCCUGGGACUAGACCAGUUGUGACUGACCUUUGGAAAUCCAUGAGGGAAUUGAUUAUCAAACCAAAGUUUGAGGUAAUGAGAAGUUUGGAGGAGAAAGUGAUAAACAAAAGCACCUGUCACUGUUUGCUUCUAGGAGACCUGUCAUUGCCAUUAAAGAAACCUGAUAAAGUUGAUAAGAAUGGUUUUAAAGAUGGAGACUUGGUGGUGGAGAGUGGCGUCAUUGAGGGUAUUCUUGAGAAUUCCAUAAAAUGCACUGAUUUGAAAGGUCAUCUCGAUUGCAUAUCUGGAUUAGCUGUUGGAGGGGGGUUUCUUUUCAGCUGCUCAUUUGAUAAAACAGUGAACGUAUGGUCUCUCCAGGGUCUUAAUCAUGUACAUACAUUCAAGGGUCAUGAACAUAAGGUAAUGGCUAUCGUUUAUGUAAACAGAGAAGCUCCAAUAUGCAUAAGUGCUGAUAAUGGAGGUGAGAUUUUAAUCUGGGCCAUUAAAGUUCCAUUUGAGGAGAAUGCUUUCAAAAGACUGAAUGAGGAAAAAGAUUGGCGCUACAGUGGUAUUCAUGCCUUGGCUGUUUCUGAAGCUGGAUAUUUUUAUACAGGCAGUGGGGACAAGACAAUAAAAGCCUGGUCAAUGCAUGAUUAUAGUUUGAGAUGUAGUAUGAGUGGUCACAAAUCAGUGGUGUCGACAUUGGCAGUUUGUGAUGAGGUUCUUUACAGUGGAAGCUGGGAUGGAAGCAUUCGGUUAUGGUGUUUAAGUGAUCACAGUCCUUUAGCGGUGUUAGGGGAGGAAGAAGCAGCAGCAUCACCAUCACCUUUUGGCUCUAUUUUGUGUCUUGCUCUUCAUAACCAGACUCUUGUUGCAGCUCAUGAAAACGGAUACAUAAAGAAACUAUCUGGUGAUGAUGAUGAUGAUGAUGCUACAGAAAUUGGAAGUAUUUCUGGUGAUUCGGUUGUCACUGCAUUGCUUUAUUGGCAGGGAAAACUUUUUGUUGGCCAGGCUGAUAGAAUAAUCAAGGUAUACAGUUUUGGAGGAUGAUUUGGAAUCUAUGAAGGAGAAUAGUUGAAAAGCUUCUUCAUGGUAUGGUUAUGACUUAUGACUUAUGAGGUUAUAAGGUGAGUGGCAGUAUUGUAUUUGUAUGAGGAUAUAACUAUUUUGAAGAUUUUAAAAUGUGUACAUAUAAACAUAUGCGUAUACCCACAUAAAUAGCAAUGUAUAUACAAACAUAAACUGAUAUGCACGCAAACACAUAUACCCUUAUAAAUACAUGUAGUCUAUACACAUACGCUUAAACACACAUGUACAUUGUUCGUAAGCAUACACAAAAGAAAUAUAUGAGAAAUUGUUUCGAAGUAUAGUGGCGACAAAUUAUUAAGUGUAUGAGGUGAGUUUGUGCUCGAAAAAUCAAUAUUGGUGUUGGAGUGUGAUGUUAUUGGUUUUGAGUGAUGUGUUUAUACACUACCAAGUCUAGCGAUUUUGUUUGUUUUGUAUUUAAAUAAUUUGUGGUAUGUGGUUUUAUUAAACAGAAUGAUUGGCAAUUUUUAAUCGGUUUUUAUUAUUGGAUUUGAUUUAAUAUUUUAUGAGUUGGUGUUUGUUUAAUUGUUUUCUUGUUUAUUUGAAAUAAAAGGGUUAUGAUUUAUUUAUAAGGGUAAGAAACUAUAUAUUAUAUCCCACAUGUAGCAUUGAUCAUUGUAAUCUUAAUAUUAAGAAACUACGAUAUUCUUUAUGCAAUUUAUAUAAUACAGUAUUAGAUAACUGUCAUUUGGAACAAUUUUAAUUUCUUUUAUCAAACUUUAUUUCCUUAAAUAUAAAAUUGGUUUUCAAUAAGUUGAGUGAGAAAAUU